CCGCGACUCCCGCGCUAAACGCACGCUCGACCGACCCGCGAAACUUCGACAUUUGAAAUAUUUGAGUGACAGUGCUUUUAAAGGAUUUUUAUUUGACACCGGGACCGGUGGGACUCUUUUGUUUUUUAAGAGCCAAUGUCCAUCUAAAAUGUCGUCAGCAGGCGCCGUCCUCCUGGAGGCGCGGCCUUUCAGGCCGUUCAAGUCUUCCGAGGAGUACCUCUACGCCAUGAAAGAGGAUUUGGCAGAGUGGCUGACCAUCCUCUACCCUGAGUUGAGGAUCAAUGCUGACAACUUCUUGGAUAGGUUGGACACAGGAGUUGCUUUGUGUCGGCACGCCAACGCAGUCCGCGACUCUGCCCGCCUGAUCCUCGACUCACUAGCCCCAGAAUCCGAAGAUGCCCUCACCCUGGCCAAAGCACUCCGAUCCAGACCCCCAGUGAACAUGCUACCAGCUGCCAAAGCUGGUACCUUCUUCGCCAGAGACAACCUAUCCAAUUUCAUCGACUGGUGUCGACGAGCGCUUGGGAUUUUGGAAUGCCUUCUCUUUGAAACUGAUGAUUUAUGCUUAAGAAAAAAUGAAAAGCAUGUAGUGUUAUGCCUUUUGGAAGUAGCAAGAAAAGGGGCUGUAUUAGGAAUGCCAGCACCACUCCUAGUUCAAAUGGAGAAGCAGAUAGAAAGAGAACUAGCAGGAGAAGAAUUAAGACCUGAUGAUAAUGCACUAGGGUUGGUACCUGUGGGUCCGCAGCCGCAGUUGGUGACGAAUGACUUGAGGAGUUUGGAUGAGAGGGUCAGGGAUCUGGUAGAGAGGUGCUCGUGCCCAACGCAGUUCCCGAUGGUGAGGGUUUCGGAGGGGAAGUAUAGGAUUGGAGAUACGAGGCUGCUGAUCUUUGUCAGGAUUCUUCGCUCGCACGUGAUGGUCCGCGUUGGCGGAGGUUGGGACACGUUGGCCCACUACCUGGACAAGCAUGACCCUUGCCGCUGUCGCGCGCAGCACCGCACUUCCCUCUCUGCUCGCCUGGCGCGUCCCAAGCAAGACCUGGCCGGCGCCACCGUCACCUACGAACGACCAGACCCUGUCUCACUGCCCUACCAGAAAGAACCACGACACGAACCCGUCUCACUACCCUACCAAAAAGAACCUACAUCCCUGCAAUACUCUAAGUUCUACAACGAAGAAAGACCUCACUAUCAGAGUAACAGCAGACUUGAUGCUCCAACAAGCCUGCCUUAUUUAGGAGAAUUGGAAAGAGCAGCGUCACCAAGCCGAAAACACUUAAAUCCACGCGCGAACAGCCCUGGACGAAAAUCCUCAUCACCAGAUAGAAGAACAAAAGUCGUUGUAUCUAAUCAUUUAGUACCAACUCCUCAUGCUGUGAGAAAUAAGAGUCCAAGGCCAGUGUCUCCAGCGCCUGCUGCUGAAAGUGCUUCUGAUAAUGGGUCAGAAGUGUCUGAUGAAGGGUACAGGAGUUUGGGUGUGGUGGCUGGGUCGACCCAAGGGUCACCUUCGACUAAGACAACGAAUAGAUAUUCCAUGCACAGCCAGAAUUCUUAUGAUGACGCUGAAUAUAGUGAGCGUCUCGACCAAGACGACGGCUGUCAUAUGGACCGCGAUCGCGACGAUUACGUGAGCCUCAACACCGGUCUGCGCAAGACCGGCUACGCAGACACUUUCUACGGAGGCAAGAAACCCUCCUCCAUCGAGGAUAAGUCCAACAGGAACAGCCCUGAACGCAUCGUCGUCGUUGAGAGCAACAAUUCACCCAGCAUGAGCCUUAGAGCCAGCAGGGAGCUAGAACCUAAGAAGGCACUACGUAGUAGACCCCCCAGCAGAAUCCCGCACUCACCUGUCCGCGCUAGGACACCCAGCCGUGGCAACACCCCAAGCCCUAAACACACAGCCAAUGUGCAGACUUCACCUAAACUCACCCCAAAGCUCCCACCCACAGCUAGAAACACUUGGAGCGGCAGAACAGCUCCUAAUCAAGCCAAAUCUAAAGCCAGACCGACCAUCGGCGCUGAUACUUUCGAUAACCCUAACAAAUCACCCAAAGCUAGACCUAAAACCGCUCCUCAGAAUGAAGCUUUCAAGAGGAACUCCCCUCUUAGAGCCAGCAGUGUCACCCUUAGGUCUCCACCGAAUCAAAAACCUCUAAGCCCUCUAUUAGAACACAUCUUAAGGUCUACAGAAACUGCUAAAGACGAUGCUGCAGUUUUGGAAAAGAUGAAGGAGAUUAUUCGAACGUAUUCAAAAGGAGAAGAUUCUUUAUCCAGAACGAGUUCUAAAGACUCCGAUUAUGCUGACUUCACCUCAGCGUGGGUGAUGUCCGAUGGGAAGCUUGAAAGGUCGACUAGUACAAGGCAGUUGGCUGCCCCGAGGAAAGAUCCAAGGAAUGGAGCUUCAAGGAUCCCAGCUCCCGUGUCAAUAGGAUGCCGGAGGUCCACAUCCACUUCCCAGUUUCAAUGACAGGAGUCCCAGGAUAGUGAGCUCAGUGACAAAUAAAGACUGAAUGCCGGAGAAGGGUUGUGAUGGUUCAUGUCAAGUGAUAGAAAAAGUUCCGUUUUUGGCAAUAAUUAGAGUGUAUUUGGAAGACGAUUUUGAAGGUUUUUGAACGGCCUGGCAUAGUAGAUAUAAUCCGAGGCUCAUGCCUUUUUAUGUAUAUGAUAUAUCUUUUCUAUUUAUCGAAUAUAGCUUAGUCUAUCAGUUAUACUUAUCUAUCCAUAUCUUUUAUGUGUAUUAGUUGUAUCAGUAAUGUUUAGAUAUUGUAGUGUUUUAGAAAUUUUCUAAUGUCGUCUAAUCGGUGUUCAUCUUUACAAUUAAAAUGUAGUAAAUUUACACUAACAAGUAACACCAUAGUUUAUUGAAAGAAGUAAGGACUUCUUGAUUGACACUGGUUCUUAUGGGGCCUAAGAUCGUGUAAACUUUGUAUUAAGGUGACCUAUUUUUCUCUUUUGACACAUGAAAGUCCUGCAUCGUCAAAAAAAGCAUUGUGUGAGAAUUAUGAUUGACAAUGUAUUAGAGCACUACUUUUCAGUUUGAGUUGGUCAUCGUUAUAAUUAUCGACUUGUAAUUUUCCUUGUGAGGUAAACUGAUGAUAUUUCAGCUGUGAGUUGUAGUUUUUUGGAAAUUGCCACGAUUCAAGCUACUUUUGGUUUAUCUUUAUAAAGAAAUCUAUGACAUAUUAUAAAGACAUUUUAAAUAACACUAGAUAUAACUUAACAAACUAAAGUUUAGAGGCAUUAGAGUUAUUAAUGUUAGAUAAUAUACCUAAUACUUUUGCUGACUAUAAAAACACCAGAGUAAACCAAACCAUCUUCCAAAAAGGGUGCUCUUCAUGUUGCAAUCUGGAUAUUGGCGCCCUCUGGUGUUGAAAUGGUCUAAUAUAACGUUACGCGGGUUGAUUCACAAAUAGCGACAAAAGAUGGUGCUAAUUUUAAUUUUAGGUAUAAUGGCAUGUCCCAGUAAAUUCCAUCUUGUACGUCCAAACGUAUUUUUAAGGACAAAAACAUUUUUUUUGACACGUGUAACUUAUAUCAGUGACGUCAUAGACAAUAUAAUAGUCAUAGACAAGUCUGUAGUAGCAAUACAUAUAAUACACAUCUUGAGAUAUUAUGGCUUGAACAUUUUAUACAGGCGUUAAAAUCAUGCUUUGUGACACUGAAAUUGAUUGCACCGUUUUUGUCGGAGACGCUCCAAGAUGGAAAUAAGUUAACAUUUUAUUUUCAAGUAGAAAAUUAUUCAACAGAGAUUUUAUUUUAGUUCUAAGUAUACGAUAAUCGUCGCCUAAUAAAAUUAGUUGUAAAAGACAAGUUUAAAUAGGUUUCUAGUUAGAAAUUACAGUUUUUUUAUUUGAGACUAAAACGAUCCCGGUUGAUUAACAAAAUUAACAUAGUAUUUAUUGAGAAAUAAGCAUUUGGAGAGCAUUUAUCGGUGAUCAUUCCAAUUUGCCGGGAAAUUUAGAUUUUUUCAAAAAGUAAUCUCAUGUUUUUUCUGUAACUGUAGUUUUUCUAAGCGAUAAAAAUAUAAAAUAUUUAACAGUUUUUUCGAUCACAAGAUAUAUUGAUUUCCUUAUACCUUAAAUGCCAAGGAAAGAUAUUCUCUCAUUUGUGAGCUGUGUUGGUAAUGACUGAUGACAUACAAAAAAAUACAAGUCAAAAAAUGGUCGGAAAAAAGUUUAGAUACUAGGUUUUGCCCGCGGCUUCGCUCGUGUUAAAUUCGAAAAUUGUAGAAUGCUUCGUACAAAUUUCCAACCUCCAUUUUAUGGAAGUGGGGUUUUAGAAAGAGACAAAAAGUAGCCUAUGUCACUCUCCAUCCCUCCAACUAUCUCCACUUAAAAAAUCACGCGUCAAUUCGUCGCUCCGUAUGGUCGUGAAAGACAGACAAACGGACACACACACUUUCCCAUUUAUAAUAUUAGUAUGGAUUUUUAUCGUUUAUGAGAACUACAGUCCGAUUGUACAUAGACUCUGAAGUGUAGCAGUUGGUGGUUAGAUUAUAUGGCAUUGAACUAAAACAUCCAAAAUCAUACCUCAUCUAGUGUACCAAUAAAAGAGUAUUUUUUCACUCGCUUGUAGUGUAGACAGCUUAGAGACUUGAGAGUAUAAAGGUUCUCAUUUCAUUGAAAUCUGAACAGAAUUUAAAAUCAAACUACAACAAUGUCGAUUCAAAACAAUAAUACGCUCAAUAACCAUGACGUUACUUUAUAACUAAUCCAUUCUAAAGUAAUGUAUGUUUAAAAAUAAGUGUCUAUGUUUUUAUUCUCAAAAAACAAUAGACACUCAGGAGUAAAAAAAGACUUAAAUAAAAAGUUUAAAUUGAGAAAUUAAUAUGUAAUGAAGAACCUUUAUAUUUGUCACAAAAUAUAGCCAUGCCAUAGACCGUCCAAAAAAUAAAUAUUUUUGGAAAAUAAUACUUAUCUGAAAUCGCUUUUUGGUAAAACUGAGACUUGGGUUCUAAUUAAGAGUCUGUUUUACCAAAGGGACGAAACGUUUUAAUCUCGUAUACGUAAUUCACUUUUCUGAUGCUUCUUGUGUAAGUUUCAUUCUAACUUGUAGAAAAUAUUAAAAAUAAUUGUACAAUCUAAAAGUGUCUUCAACCAAAAAAAUUUGGUACCGGUCACUAUUUUUAAUCUGUGCAAUUACUUUUAAAAAUCAUGCUUCUAAUAGCCUGAUCAAGAUCGCUUCUCUCUGUCCAAUUUAUAGGCAUUGCUUAACGUGCGAUAGAGACAGAAGCUUUCCCAAAUUAUGCUUAUAUAGUAUAUAGAAUAAGUUAGAAUCGGAACUGCGACUAUAGAUAAAAUCAAUACUUGAAUCCUAAGACACUAAAACCUUUUCACGGUAAACGUCAAAUGUGACUUGAGACAGGGUUCUAGGUUGGCCUAGAGUUCAAAUUGACCGUACAUUAUAUUUAUAUAAACCACCAGGCUAUUCUAUGCUUCUACUGAAUACUACAUUUUGUGCUUAGUGGAAUUCGCUCACAUUGACUUACCAAUGAAAGAAAUUUCUGUUUUUCUGUCUUAUGUAUAAGAUGUUCUCAUAAGUAUUUGAUGUAUUAACAUAUAAGUCAAAAUUAUAUGUCCGUGAAGAUAAAGUCGAGCUAUUUUCCACAUUUGAAUCUAUGAAUUGUAUGUAGUAAUAUAAGUAGCCUGUUUCAUUCAAACAUUUUGUUUAGUAUAAUGAUACAGUAUUCUCAAAUUCUCAGUAUUUACAAAUUUUUUGUAAAUUAAAUAAUCUUUGUGAGCGGACCUACAAAUUCUUUAGAUAUAACUUGGUAUAACUUAGUUAUGGUUGAGAAAAUAGAGUUAUAACUGAAGCUUGUAUUCACAUAAAUCUGAAAUUAAUAAACAAUAACUCACUAGAUGGCGCCCACAGAGUUUGUAACGAACUUAACAUAGUUUUGCAUAACACGCCAUCAGGCGCCAUCUAGUGUUUUUAUCGUGAUGUUCUUUCAUUUGCUAACGCCAUCUAGUGAUUUAUCAAGAUACAAUUUCAAUAUAACUCUAUAGACUCUGAUUUUGGUUAGUUUCGUGCUAGAGGCUAAGUGAGACUUAGUUGCUUCAUGGUCGUUACCACUUACAAUGCCAUAGACAUUUGUUACUCUAUUUCACAGAAUAAACUUGAUACAAGAUUA